UUGUUGUUUGUGGCUUGGCUACUUCUGUAACCACGUGUUGAAGUCACAUGAUGCUGUUUUGAUCACGUGAGUAUCUGUUGUGUUCACAUGACUCGUGUGAUCAAAUGAAUCGUGUUCGGUGAGAUCUAAUGAAUCAUUAGUGUUCACAGUGAUCGGUGACUGGACUCACAUGAUUCAUGACUCUGUGAUCAUGUGAAUCAUUUAUGUUCAGUAUUCAGUCAGUGAUCUGUGCUCAUAGUCGUGUGUGCUCGGUUGUUUACAGUAGCUGGCCUGGUUUGGUUCAGUGAUGAUGAUGAUGAUGAUGAUGAUGAUGAAGGGUCACGCGCUGAUGGCGGUGUGUGUCGCGCUCGUCGUCGCUCUCGGUGACUCUCUGUCGGUUCCGCCGCAUGAGGAGGUGGCUCGGAUGGCCCGGUUUGUGGUCAAUAAGUGCGAUUGGGCUUCGAUGGCCACGAUCUCCACUCACGAUCCGGUCCGGGGACAGCCGUUCUCCAACGCCUUCUCCAUCAGCGACGGGCCCGUGGGCAACGGAACCGGAACCCCGUACCUGUACCUCACACACCUGGAGAUCUCGGUGCAGGACCUGCAGGUGAAUCCCCAGUCAUCUCUGUCCGUGUCUCUGGCUCAGACCAGUUACUGUAAGAAUCAUGGAUUUGAUCCUCAGAGUCCGCUGUGUGCUCACAUCAUCCUGUCGGGCUCUGUGGUGGAGGUGAAUGGCAGUGAGGCAUCGGUGGCUAAAGCCGCUCUGUUCAGUAGACACCCAGAGAUGAUUGAUUGGCCUACCGACCAUAACUGGUUCUUCGCCAAGAUGAACAUCACACAGGUCUGGGUGCUCGAUUACUUUGGCGGAGUGAAAACCGUCAACCCGGAGCAGUAUUACCGAGCCACUCCGUACCAGAAACACAGUGGAAGUGACACGCUGUGAUCCUGGUAAACCGGAGCAGAAUCACUGUGGAGUGUUUCAGAAGAGACUUGGAUUUAUGAAUGUUUUUCAGAUUGAUUCGGUUUGAACUGUGUUCGUCUGUGAGAUAUGUAUUAAUCACAUGUUGUUAAUUUCUCCAUAACAUACAUUUUUUUGUAAGCAUUUUGUAAAAUGCUCCUGAAUGAUUUCU